AAUUUGUGUUCCGAAGAUUAAUGAAGGUUUUACGGGUGUGGAACGGCAUGAGGAUCUCCAGAAGUUCCUUCAGGAACUGUACCUGAGUGUUACCAGCUGUAACCAGCUCACCUCUGCUCCAGACAGCAAUACAGUCAAAGUCCAUCCUGAGGUCAAGCAAAGCACAAAUGGAGAGAAGACAGAGUCUCAGAGAGUGAAGAGUUCCCCCGUGAGGCGAACCUCUGCCACUAUUCAACUCAUCCAUGAGAAGAAAGCCAUGUUGGAUGGGAUAACGACAUCUUUUGUGGACAAAGCAGAAGAGUUAAGACUUAAUUUAUCUGAUGCUUUAGACCGCUGUGCCAAGAAGAGAUGGGAUUUUGGGGUCCUGACAUACUGGUCUCUUUGCAAAAUGGUGUCCCAUGGACGAAUCCCUUCUACCGUGACCUCCAUAACUUUCAUGGCCUCUCCAAGAGCGCAAGACUCAAAAAUCCCCGACAGCACUGAGGAUCCAUACAGCACUCAGUGGCUCUCAGCGUUGCUCAGUGAUCUAGCCCCCAUCAAAAACUCAGACCGGAGGGUGGCACAUUUGCUGGAGAAGCUGAGUCGAUUUACACAAGGCCACAGGCUGCGACUUCACCCACACAACUUCCUGAGGAUCUUAAACUCCCUCCAGCUGUGGGAGCUUUGCUGCCCAGAUCUAAGUGUGGCUAUAGAGGUACAAGACUCAGUUACUAAGCACUUUUACAAUGGGUUCAGACUACACAAUAUUUUUUUAUCCGCUACGAUAGUCACUGUGUCAGAAAAAAAUAAUCAUGCUAUGUCUGAAAUCACCCCUUAUACUAUUUGGCUCUAUUUGAAGGGACAGAAACCAUAGUGGACGUUAUUGAGUGAACUCAUUCAUCGAUCUCAUAAUGCACCAUGAUAACAAGUGUACAACUGAUGUACGCUCAACACAAGGGAAUACCCAUAAUGCACUGUGAGGGUCGUGCUGAAUGAAUUCCCCCAUCUGACCAGAAGAUGGCGCUGGCAGCUGAAACAUCCAUCCAUCCUUUUUCCAAACCGCUGGUCCAAUGUGGUUACAGCGUAAUAUCAUACAGAUACUGAGGCAGAAUGUGGUAAAGAUGCCCAAAGCAGAGUACGACUCAUGGCUACACAACAGAGUCAGCCAAUCACAGACCACCAAGAGCGCUACAUACAACCUGUAAUUGACUCUCUUUUUGGCUUUUUACAUUUUUUUUAAUGCAGUCAGGUGAUCAUAUGUCACCCCAAAAAAUAAGGUGAAAACAUUAUAUAUAAUUUUUCUCAUCUCAUUUCACAAUAUUUCAACGUCAUUUUGCUCAGUUUUCAUUUUCUGUUCUUUUUUACUGCCUCUGCUGUCACCCGUGGCAGCCGUCCAUGUGUUUCUUCUAUCAGCUGGCCAACACAAACAGCACAAAUCCACCUCAAUACACUUACCUCAAUAUCAGUCAUAUGGUUUGGGCCAAAGAU